AUGAAACAAAAAACCCGAAGAUGUGAGACUAUAGUUGAUGGACGAGCCAAUCAGAGGCGUUUGAGGAAUUUCAAGGUCACGGCGUCAACUUCGCUUUACCUCAAAAGUGAUAAAGUUCAGAAGCGAAUGACUGAAAGCUCACAUUCAUGUACCGGUCACACAGUUUUUCACCAAGAUUUAAGUGAAAUGGAUUUUGAGAGAGGGAUUUGGGGUGCUUCCACACGUGGUGAUAUUGAUCGCGUUCGGAAAUUGUUAGAUAAACAUAUAAAUGUUAAUAUACCAGACAGUUAUGGGUACACAGCUCUGCAUUAUGCUGCUAGAAAUAAUCAUAUAGAUAUUUGUAAUGUAUUAUUAGAAGCUGGGGCUGAUAUUUUCGCCAAGACAAGAAAUGACGGGGCUACACCUGCACAUCGAGCGGCGUAUGCAGGACAUCUUAAUAUUUUAAAACUGCUUGUCGGCAAAGGAGGAGCACCAGUUUUAGAAUCUCGUGAUAACUAUGGUAGGAACUGCUUGCAUCACGCGUACCGGGGGAAACAGAAAAAUACAAUAGAUUGGUUGUUGGAGAGCUAUCCUAAUCUGUCUAGUACUAAAGACAACAAUGGUCUUCUUCCUGACUCCGUUGGCCACUGUGUACAUUCAUCGCCACAUACUUUAAAACUGAUGGUUGAAUUGUUGCCGUAA